AUGGGCGGUGCAGCGUCUGUCGAUUGCGCGUCAAACUCGAACUACAGGUAUGGGGAAGCUCCGGAGGUUCAAGGCGACAAGGCAAGUGACGACACAUCUUGGAUCGGCACGAAAUUGGACAUGCCCCCGAAGCCCUUUAGCGUAGAAAACUACUUUGAGUUGCUAGACAUCGUAGGCACCGGCAUGCUCGGAAAGGUGCGUCUGGUUCGGCACAAACGCUCGAAUCUUUACUACAUCCUCAAGUCGGUCAAGAAGAAAGAUGUGAUUGUAAAAAAGAUGAUCCCGCAACUUGAAGCCGAACGAGACGCAAUGGCACAGAUGACCGCACUCCAACAUCCCUUCUCGGUUCAGUUCUUCGGGAGUUUGGCCACAACCUCACACGUGCAUUUCCUCCUGGAGUUUGUGCCAGGUGGGGAGCUUUUCCAUCGACUCCAUGCUGUAGGACGGCUAUCCAACGACGAAGCAAAAUUCUACGCCUCCGAGCUCGUCGUGUUCAUUGAAACGUGUCAUACAAACGGCUUCAUGUAUCGUGAUCUAAAACCUGAAAAUAUUUUGCUAGACGCGAACGGACAUUUGAAAGUCGUCGAUUUCGGGUUCGUCAAACGACUUCGCCAUCCGAAUGAGCGAACCUCGUCCAGCGUGGGGACACCGGAAUACUUAGCACCGGAGCAGCUCACGGUAUCUCACCAAGUACGCAAUUAUUCUCGUAUCGUGGAUUGGUGGGCGUUUGCUUGCGUCGUGUACGAAAUGGUGAUCGGAUUGCCGCCAUUUACGUCGCGAAAGAACGAGUCGCACUUCGAGCUGUAUAACCGUAUUCUGUCGGGCAAGAUCUACUGGCCUCGGUUUAUGCAAAGUACACUGAAGGAUCUACUUCGAAACAUGCUGCAGAGUGACCCGGGUAAACGGUUGAGCGAAGUCGACACGAUCAAGCAGCACGCGUGGUUCGAGAGUGUAGACUGGGACACUGUUCUGCUGAAGCAAGUGGCAGCCCCUUUCGUGCCGACUUUAGCCUGUGCGGGCGAUACGACUAACUUCGACGACUACCCGAGCUCCAGCGAGGAGACUCCGCCGCUAAAUAGCGAAGCGUCCAGGCAUGACUUUCUCAACUUUUGA